AUGACUGUUUUCAAAUCAGCUCCGAUAGUAUCCAACUGGCGCUUUAAACAGGUUGGCGCAUUUGGCGUGCCAGAUUGGACAGAUGGAUUCCUAUCAGUAUCCCAAUUUCCAACAAAUGUUCACCUCGAUCUCAUGAAACACGGCAAAAUACCGGACCCUUACAUGGGACUCAAUGAAUUUGACGUGCAAUGGGUUGGGGAACAGCAGUGGCUGUACAGAGCUGAUUUCCACCACAGUGGUCAGCAGGAGCGCAGCAAAUGUGUCCUUCGAUUUGAGGGCUUGGAUACAUUCGCGACCGUCUCCUUCAACGGACAGGACAUACUGAAAUCGGACAAUGCCCAUCGGACGUAUAGAGUUGAUGUCACUGAGUUUAUCAAACAAGGUAUCAAUCAGCUAGAUAUACUUUUCGACGUUGCUCUGAUUAGAGGUAGAGAGUUGCUGGAUAAGUUUGCUCACCACACUAUUCAGUUCGAUAAAAAAUCAGAAAAAAGUCGAGUUUUUGUCCGCAAACCUCAGUAUCACUACGGUUGGAAUUGGGGCCCCGAGCUUACGACCUGUGGACCCUGGCGCCCGAUUGUGUUGGAGGAGUACUCGAGUAAGGUCUCGGAUCUAUCUUGCCAGAUCAAGGUUGACAUGGAUACCAAAACUGCGGUCGUGAAAAUUGCAAUCCAGUCUGAGGGUUGUGUUGCCGGUGACACAAUCAGUGUGUCAAUUACGGAUCCGAAGGGCGACGUGAUACAUGAAGUUUGCAACUUGCCUAUAAACGGUAAUCAUGCCUAUGCGGACAUUGAGAUUCAAGAUGCACAAUUCUGGUGGCCCAUCGGCUAUGGACAUCAGCCCUUAUACACAGUCUCGAGUGACUUGUUUACACGAGGUGCUUGUGUGCAUUCAAUCGCGAAAAGAAUUGGACUUCGAGAAGCUCAGAUUGUUAGACGGCCACUAACGGAUGCCCCCGGAACAUCAUUCUUCAUGCAAGUCAACCAGAUUCCAAUAUUUUCCAACGGAUCCAACUGGUGUCCUGCAGACCACUUUGUUCCCAGAGUCAGCCCAGAACGAUACCGACUUCAACUUAAUCUGCUCGCCGAAGGCAACCAGAAUGCCGUGCGCGUAUGGGCCGGUGGUAUAUUCGAAGAAGACAUCUUCUACGACAUUUGUGAUGAACUCGGCAUCCUUGUUUGGCAAGACUUUUUAUUUGCUUGUGCUGCGUAUCCGGCGCACGACGACUUUAUCCAAAAUAUUACUGCGGAAGUCGUGGACAACGUGACGCGUCUACGUCACCAUCCUUGUAUUGUUGCCUGGAAUGGAAACAAUGAAGAUUACCUCUUUGCGGAGCUCUUCAAAACAAACUACGAUAUCAAAGACACUGAUCCAGGAAACUGGUUGAAGUCGACGUUUCCGUCUCGCUACAUAUAUGAAGUGGUGUUGCCAGAUCUCUGCCGGAAAUUAAUCCCCGACGCCAGCUACCAUCCGGGAUCCCCCUGGGGUGGUGAAAGCUUCAACGACUCUACGGUUGGGGAUACUCAUAGAUGGGAAGUUUGGCAUUUCCUGCUUCCCUGGCAGAGCUAUGACAGUCUGAAGAGCCGGUUCAUAUCCGAAUUCGGCAUGGCGUCUUUGCCACAUGUUAAAACUGUUGAGUCUUACCUUGUCGAAUCGCCAGACUUUGAACGCCAUCCUCAUUCGCGAACCGUCGACGAGCAUAACAAAGAGUACCAGCACGAACGCAAGUUGGCCACUUACCUUGUCGAGAACUACAGAUAUACCUAUGCCCUAGAAGAUUACAUAUAUGUUUCGCAGCUUAAUCAGGCUGAAGCUUUGAGUUGUGCUCUUGAGAACUGGCACCGAGAAUGGAAAGGGAGCGGCAAUGAGUAUUGUGGCGGCGCUUUGAUAUGGCAGCUGAAUUCGACGUGGCAAGUGACCUCUAAGGCGCUUAUCGACUAUUAUAGUCGCCCAAAGAUGGCGUAUUUCACUGUAAAGCGAGAUAUGGCGCCAAUUACGCUUGGAAUGAAGCGAAAAACUUGCAAAACCUCAAAGUUCAAGGUUACCAGAGCAUUCAUGGAUGAAAAAACAACUGUUGAAGGAUGGGCGACAAACCUAACGCUCAGUUGCGUCAGGUUGGUGCUUUCUCUGCAGGUUUUUGAGCUAUCCACCGGCAAGGAAGUGCUGUCCAAGGAAGAGCCAUGUGAGCUACCAGCCAACUCGAGCGUGGAAUUGUUCGUCACGGAGCUAUCAAACUUGGAGAAGAUGAGCAAGUCCAACGAGCCUUUGAUUGUUUCGGCACGGCUGCUAGACCCUUGCGACAAGUCCAAGGUUGUUGCCCGACGCACAAACUGGCCACAACCGUAUCGGUACCUUGAUAUGCCUCGACCAGUUUUACAGAUCAAAGUCAUUAAUGAUGCGAUUUAUGUAAAAGCCAACGUGCCAGUAAAGGGCCUGUGGCUAUAUGUGGACAAGGUGGACUCGGUCAAGUUUGAUGAUAACGGGCUUGAUUUAAUACCGGGCGAUGAACAGACUGUCAUGGCCAAGGGACUUGGAGGCUGUGAACUUUUGGGUCGUUGUUAUGGCGUAGAAGCGAUUUCAUGGGAUGCUCCACCAGUUUGA